CAACAGACGACUUCCCCAGACCACGUAUCGGAGUAACUGUGGCUUUUGAGGAGAAAGCUUGGCUUCGUUCAUGUCUCGUAAUUAGACCAAGUAUCCUUUUUUUCUUCUGAUUUCCCACAAGAUCUGGCCGUUACAUGUGCACGUGAGAACAUGCUCCGCUUUAUAGAUACAGGAUGACUAGUCGCGAAAGAUUGACAGAGCUUGAAACGCGUGCCUCUGACACGGAGUCGUUGAUCGCAAUUGCUUCGACUCGAGAUGAUGCUCUCAACGCGGCAAUUAAGGCGGCUGAGCUUUAUAUGCAGGCUAUGAAGCAAUUGCCUGCUGGAGAGAAGAAGGCGCGCCUCAAACAAAAGUGCAAUGGCCUGUUGGAUCAGGCUGAGAAGAUUAAAUCCUGCGCAGACUGGCAGGGCCAAAUGAACAGUGCAGCAACUGUGGCCAAGCUUGAUGCUCCUUCGUCAACACGAGUAUUGGCCACCAAGGAGAAGCGAAUCCUUUUGGAAGACUCAAAGCUGAAUGGCUUCAUUUUCCCUCCAUGGAAUGCUUCCCCAGAUCCUCAUGAGUUUAUACUUAAAGAAGGCGAACCUUUAUAUACGGACAUUCCUGAGCUAGGCUUAUCCGAUUCUCAGCGUGAUGCUUUUGACGGUUGGAAAAGACCGGCAGAGGCAUUACCCCCAAAGCAUCUGUUCAAACACUCAGAUGAAACAAGUGCUCAACAUGAACCGACAAUGAAAGCCGAUAAUAUAGUCGAUUUGGUACAAGAUAUCACGACUGACUGUUCAGUUGUGGCGAGUCUUUGCGCAGGUACUGCACGUGCCGAGAGAGGUCACGCAAAGAUCAUAUCUUCUAUUCUGUUUCCCUAUGAUAUGCGGGAGAUGAGGCCUGCAAUCUCUCCAAAUGGCAAAUAUAUCUUUCGUUUACAUUUCAACGGUUGUUCUCGAAAAGUCGUCAUAGAUGACCGAUUACCCACCUCUCGGACGUCUAGAGUAUUGUAUGUCAUUGAUCGUCGUAAUCCUUGUCUCCUAUGGCCUGCAUUGAUCGAGAAGGCGUAUCUCAAAGUCAGGGGAGGAUAUGACUUUCCAGGCAGCAACUCGGGCACCGACAUAUGGGUUCUCACCGGCUGGAUUCCUGAGCAGGUCUUCCUUCAGAGUGAGGAAGUCGUUCCCAAUCGAUUAUGGAACCGUAUGUUGCAAUCCUUUAAAUAUGGCGACGUCUUGAUCACGAUGGGUACUGGAAAGCUUUCAAGAAGAGAGGAGAAAAGCCUCGGCCUCUCUGGACAACAUGAUUACGCGGUCCUUGAUUUGAAAGAAGUAGGAAAUCGGCGUCUCUUUCUCGUCAAAAAUCCUUGGUCCGAGGGCACCACUUGGAAGGGACGGGUUCCGGAAUCAGAGGAUCCCAAGUUCGAACCCGACGACGAUGAAUCCUCUACCUGGACCAGCCAUCUUCGAGACGCUCUCCCUGAAGGCGAGCUCGCGCCCGGAACAUUCUGGAUCGACCUCAACAAUGUCAUGCAGACUUUUGAAUCGAUAUAUCUCAAUUGGAACCCUGGUCUAUUUCUCCACCGGGAAGACUUUCACUUUUCCUGGGACCUUUCCACUUUGCGAAGUGUCCCAGGCUGCUUCAACGCAAAUCCUCAAUAUAGCAUCACCAGUCGCGCCGGAGGAGUCGUGUGGGUCUUACUCGAUCGUCACUUCAAAACAGGAGAGUCAAAAGCAACAUCAUCAGCCGCCCCAACGGCAACUGCUACUACGGACGACACGCACAGCACUGGCAAAGGCAACGCUCAAGGGUUCAUCAGCCUAUACGCAUUCCACCGUAACACCGGGCAGCGCGUCGUCCUCAGCGACGGAGCCGACCAACGCGGACCCUACGUCGACUCUCCCCAGACGCUCAUGCGGCUCGAGAUGCCGCCGCAAUCAAGCUACACCCUUGUCGUCUCCGAACAAGACCUCCCACCAUCCCUCUUCAACUUCACCAUCUCCGCCUUCUCGCGCACCCGCAUCUCCAUGACUCCAGCCGCGGAGAAAUACCCAUUCACCUCAACCCACCAAUCAUCCUGGACCGCCACCAGCGCCGGCGGCAACGCCGACUGCUCGCUGUACCCCACCAAUCCCCAAUUCAGCAUCACCCUGCCCUCCCGAACUGCAAUCUCUCUACUCCUCGAGACCCCAAACACAGACAUACCCGUGCACAUCAAGCUCGUCUGGGCCGGCGGCAACCGCCUCACAUCGCUCACAAGCCGCGACAUUCUCGGCGACUCGGUGGAAUACCGACGCGGCUGCGCACUCGCAGAACUCCCACCCGUCGAAGCAGGCACAUAUACCAUCAUCUGCUCCACAUUCUCCCCUGGCCAACUCGCGCCAUUCACUCUCCGCAUCGGAACCAACGUCGCGUGCCGCGUCCAGCCUAUCCCGCCCGAAUGGGCCGGGCGCUUGCGCAUCACCCUCCCUCCUGCCCGUUUCCCAUCCCAAGUCAAUUCCGUAUAUGCUCUGCUUACACCCCAGCGCUUGACCCGCCUCCGUGUCAUUGCGCGGUACCCGCCUAAUGCCGCCGCCGCGGCCGCUCCCGCCACCCGAGCGCGUACACCCGUGCGUGUCCGGCUCGAGUCAGGCCGUGGACCAAAUAGCCGCUGCCUGGCCGAGAGCAAUGCGGGCGAAUUUGCAGAUACGUUGAUGGGCAUUCGCACCCCCGACGUAGAUGUCUUGCCGGACAUGCAGUGGCGUGGUGGCGUCUGGCUUGUCGUAGAGCGACUGGGCGGACCAGCGUCGCUGGAGGACAGGAUGGAUGUGGAAAUACUCACUGAGAGUGUGGUUUCGGUGGGCGAAUGGCUACUAGGCGAUUGAGCGCUAUAUAGUACUAUUCUGUUUUCUUAUUUUAUAGAGUUUUCCCGCAUUGUAUUGUAUUUUAUUAUAUGUUCAUUUCAGCGUCUUAUUCUAGUAUUCUAUAGGUCUUUCAUGAGUUAUUUCUGUGAAGUAAACCGGGUGAAGAUGUUGGUACUUGAUCACAACGUCAGUGGACACCCUUAGCAAGCCCUUUGUGAAUACAGAGUCAAUAGU